AUGAAUCAAGAUUUUUCAGGGCACAGCAACAGCAACCAAAAUGACAUCAACGAAGUGGAGGAGGCUGCAGAACGAAGAGCAGCUUCGGACCUACCAAGCCCAGAGUCGGUCGAGGGUUAUGACGAUCUGCCACGGUACCCUCCAGGCAGCCCGGUUCCAAAGGGCUAUGGAGGUGCUCUCAUAAGGACCUUGAAAGGUAUCCCUCCGUGUGUUUGGAUCAUAAAUCAGCAUGACGAGGAUAUAACUGUCGUCGUUUCCAAGUACCGUCCAAAUCGACUUCUUAGUGGAGCAGAAGUAAAUGCUUCCGCAACUGGUGGGGGACUCAACUUCAGUUCGACGACAUACUUGGGACCUGCUACGACCAAGACUCUUGUUCCCGAGACAGAAAGCAGAGAAGGGUCUGUAGGCGUGUUUCCGCUAUGGACAAGGAAGAACGGUUUCGGUGUGGUGACCAUCUUCAAAGGUUCAGAUAAGUAUAUUGAAAAUGAUCGUAUUGAAGCUGGAGCAACAGGCUAUUUUAUAGACACACCAAACCUGAAGAUUGUAUCCUUCAAAGAAGCACUAUCUGACAAGUCUUGA